AGAAGUUGGGGGACCCAGGCCGGCACGCCGGGUGCUGCGCGCUCUGGUCCUUCGCCCCUCAGCCGGCCUGGAGAGGGCGGGGUCCGGGCUGGGGGCGCCCUUAAAGGAGCCCCGCCAGUCUACCUGACUCAAGGGGAGCAGCCCUCAUUUCCAGCACCUACAAUGGCAUUUUGGACGCAGCUGAUGUUACUGCUUUGGAAGAACUUCACCUACAGAAAGAGAAAGCCGCUACAACUGGUCAUCGAGCUGCUGUGGCCCCUGUUCCUUUUUUUAAUUCUGGUCGCUGUCCGUCAGUCCCACCCUCCCUUUGAACACCAUGAAUGUCACUUCCCCAAUAAGCCGCUGCCUUCGGCAGGCUUGCUUCCCUGGCUUCAGGGCAUCGUCUGCAACAUGAACAACCCCUGCUACCGGUAUGCCACGCCUGGGGAGACCCCCGGGGUCCUGAACAACUUCAACGAGUCCUUGGUCUCCAGGCUCCUGGCUGAUGCCCGGCUGGUACUGAGCAGCCCCAAUACACAGAGGACCCUAAGAAGCUUUGGGAAACUGAUGCCUUCCCUGAAACCACUCCAGGAGUCUGCCCUGCCACUCCAAAGCUACCUGCUCCCCGGAGAAACCUUCUCAAAAUUCCUGCAAGAGAAUACAUCCCUGCCUCAGUCUCUGGCUGAGGAACUGCUGGAGACCCAGCUUAGUUUACAAGGGUUGCCCCCAGCUUUGCCUUUGCCAGACCUGGUCUGCAAUGCCACCUUGCUGAGCACUUGGCUCAAUGCCUCUGAAGCUCUACAGAAAGGCCUGUGUGCCCUCCCUCCGAAAGAGCUCCGAGCCCUUGGGGCCAGCUUCCUGUCCCAGGCAGACCCGGACCGGCUGCUUGCUGCAUUGAAGGCCAAUAACAGACAGCUGAGCCCCAAGGCUGUGAGCACCUUCUUGGAGGCAUGGGAGGCUAUGAGUAGGGAGCUCUCUACCCUGCCCAGCUUAGCAGAGCUUCGAGCAGAGCUGCGGAGGGACCCAGGUCCAGGGGGACCCCUGGAAGGAGUGUCCCGAGUCCUUUGUGGAAAGUCCAGGGAUCAAGGCGUUGAAAUCCCUUCCCUCAACUGGUAUGAAGACGAUGAUCUGAAGGUGAUGUUGGGGCAGGGCCAAGGAAGGCUGGCCUCUCCUGUGGAUAACAACACCAGUCCUUUCUGCCAGAAGCUAAUUGAGUCUAUGGAGGCACAUCCCAUAUCUCGGCUCCUUUGGUGGCGGCUCAAACCCAUCAUUCUCGGCAAGAUCCUGUAUACGCCAGACACGCCUCUCACCCGCAGAGUCAUGGCCAAGGUGAACCAGACAUUCCAUCAACUGGCCCUGCUGAGGGAGCUGCAUGCCUUCUGGAAGGAGCUCGCACCCCAGAUCUCCAGCUUCAUGAAUAACAGUGACCAAGUGGCAGUGCUGAAGAGGGUCUUCCAGACAACCUCCUGGGAAGAGAGGCUGAGGCGCACCAGGAACAGAACAUCAGCUCUCCGCAGCUUCCUGGGCUUAGAUGGGAGUGGCUACAGUUGGAAAGAGGCCCAUGAAGACUUAACUCUGAUAGUGGACAAAGUGGGACAAGUGCUGGAGUGUGUUUCUCUGGACAAACUGGAGCCAGUGACAACUGAGGACAGCCUGAUGACACGGGCAGUGGAGCUGCUGGGGCAGCGGCGCUUCUGGGCUGGCAUUGUCUUCCUAGGGCUGCAGGAUGGGAGAGCUCCCAGCCACAUCCGACUCAAGAUCCGAAUGGAUAUCGAUGAUGUUACCAGGACUAAUAAGAUCAAAGACAGGUUCUGGGACCCAGGCCCGGCAGCGGAUCCCUUCUUGGACAUGCGCUAUGUGUGGGGUGGAUUUGUCUACCUUCAGGACCUUCUGGAGGGGGCGGUCUUGCGGGUGCUGAACAGCUCUGCCCACCCCGCCAGCAUCUACCUGCAGCAGAUGCCCUACCCCUGCUACGUGGAUGAUGUGUUCCUGCGGGUGCUGAACCGCUCACUGCCACUGUUCCUGACUCUUGCCUGGAUCUACUCUGUGGCACUGACUGUGAAGGGCGUUGUUCAAGAGAAGGAAACUCGUCUGCGGGACACCAUGCUGGCCAUGGGCCUGGGCCGCAGCGUCCUCUGGGGCAGCUGGUUUAUCAGCAGCCUCCUGCCCUUCUUGAUCAGCAGCGGCCUCCUCGUUCUCAUCCUCAAGCAGGGGGACAUUCUCCCCUAUAGCGACCCCCUCCUCGUCUUCCUCUUCCUGGCCGCCUUUGCUGUGGCCACCGUCUGCCAAGGCUUCCUGUUCAGUGCAGCCUUCUCCCACGCUAAUGUGGCGGCUGCCUGCGGAGGCCUCCUUUACUUCACCCUCUACCUGCCCUAUGUGCUCUGCGUGGCCUGGAGGGACCGACUGCCCCCAGCCCUGCGCCUGGCUGCGAGCCUGCUGUCUCCAGUGGCUUUUGGCUUUGGCUGUGAGUACUUCUCCCUGUAUGAGGAGCAGGGUGUGGGCAUUCAGUGGCACAACAUGGGCCAGAGCCCCGUGGCUGGCGAUGGCUACAACCUGGCACUGUGUGAGGCUCUGCUAAUCAUGGAUGCUGGACUCUAUGCUGUGGCCACCUGGUAUACUGAGGCCAUCUGCCCUGGUCAGUAUGGAAUCCCUCAGCCCUGGAAUUUCCCCUUCCGGAAAAGCUACUGGUGUGGAGAGCUGGCACUGGUCAGCCUGGACCUACCCUCUUCCAAGGAUGACCCUCAAGUGCUGGUGGAAGAACCAUCCCCUGGGCUACAGGUGGGUGUGUCCCUUCGGGGCCUGGUGAAGCUCUACCCAGGCAGCACCCGCCCUGCCCUUCAGGGGCUCAGCCUGGACUUCUACGAGGGCCACAUCACUGCUUUCUUGGGCCACAAUGGGGCUGGCAAGACCACAACCCUCUCCAUCCUGAGUGGCCUCUUUCCUCCCACCCGGGGAUCCGCCCUCAUCCUCGGCCAAGACGUCAGCUCCAGCAGGGCAGCCGUGCACCAAAGCCUGGGCCUCUGCCCCCAGCACAAUGUGCUCUUCGAUAUUCUGACCGUGGAAGAACACAUCUGGUUCUAUGGGCGUCUCAAGGGGCUUAGCCAGGCGGCGGUGGGCCAGGAGCUGCCUCGCCUCCUGCAGGAUGUGGGGCUCCCACACAAGCGGCAGGAGCAGACUCGUCACCUCUCUGGUGGGAUGCAGAGGAAGCUGUCCGUGGCCAUCGCCUUUGUGGGUGGUUCCCGAGUGGUCAUCUUGGAUGAACCUACAGCUGGUGUGGACCCAUUCUCCCGCCGAGGCAUCUGGGAGCUGUUGCUCAAAUAUCGGCAAGGGCGCACCGUGAUCCUGUCCACCCACUAUAUGGAUGAGGCAGAGCUCCUGGGAGACCGUGUGGCAGUGAUCGCGGCAGGGCAGCUGCGCUGCUGUGGGUCCCCCCUCUUCCUCAAGAGCCGUCUGGGCACUGGCUACUAUCUGACCCUGGUGAAGCACCAGCCCACCAUGCUCCUCAAGGCUGGGAAGGACCAUGAUGGUGGCAGACCCGAGGGGAACUGGAGCAAAGGCCUAGAGAGCAAGGAAGGUAGCCUGGCUGGUGCCACUGAUGUGGCCCAGUUGCUCACCCUCGUCCAGAGACUGGUCCCUGGAGCCCAGCUGGUGGAGGAGCUGGGCCAUGAGGUGGUGCUGACCCUGCCCUACGCUGGUGCCCAUAACGGGGCCUUUGGGGAGCUGUUCCAGCAGCUGGACAGGCGCCUAGAAGAGCUUGGCAUCUCAGGCUACGGGAUCUCAGACACCACCCUGGAGGAGAUCUUCUUGAAGGUGGCCGAGGACAGUGGAGUUGAUAGAGACCCAGAAGAUGGUGAGGGUCAGCCCCUUCGGCGGGGCCUGCCUGCCCCAACCUCUGCCCACUGCCAGAGGAUGAUGAAUGAGGAGCAUGCAGAGGAGAACGGGGAAGUGGCAGCAGCCAGUUCUGCAGAGAUGCAGGCUCUGCACGGAGAGCUGGGCAGCUCUGGACGAGUGCGGGGCUGGGCCCUCACCCGGCAGCAGCUCCGGGCCCUAUUCACCAAGAGGUUCCUUCAUGCUCGCCGCAGUCGCCGGGGUCUCUUUGCGCAGAUUGUGCUCCCUGCCUUCUUUGUGGGCUUGGCGCUCUUCUUCAGCCUCAUCGUUCCCCCCUUUGGCCACUAUCCGCCCUUGGAGCUGCAGCCUGACAUGUACGGCUCCCAGGUCUCUUUCUUCAGUGAGGAUGACCCUGGAAACCUCAGAUAUGCCCAGCUAUUGAAUGCCCUCCUGUCUGAGCCCACCGUCCACGGUUCUUGUGUGAAGAACAGCUCUGGCCUGGGCCAGGACUGUGCCCAGCCUGCUGACCACAGCUUCUCGGUGCCCCCAGUAUCUGAGGCUGUGGCUAGAGUCUUUGCCAUGGGUAACUGGACCCCGCAGUUCCCCUCCCCUGCCUGCCAAUGCAGCAGCCCCGGGGCCCGGAGGAUGCUCCCUGACUGCCCAGAAGCAGCGGGGGGCCUUCCCCCUCCCCAGAUGCGGAUAGGCCUGGGAGACGUUAUGCAAAACCUGACAGGAAGAAAUAUCUCAGACUACCUGGUUAAAACCUAUCCUCGGAUCAUCAGUCGGGGCCUGAGGACCAAGAAGUUCGUCAAUGAAAUUAGGUAUGGGGGCUUCUCCCUGGGGGGCAGCCCCAGUCUGGGCCAGGGCUCAGGGCCAGAGAUCCUCAGCACCAUCCAGGAAUUCCAAAGCUUAUUCUACGGCUCCCAGAACACUGUAGUGCAUCAUCUGCUACAGAAUCUCAGUGCCUGGGCUGAGGGUCUGGAUACACAGAACAAUGUGAAGGUCUGGUUCAACAACAAGGGCUGGCAUGCCAUGGUGGCUUUUAUCAACGUGCUGAACAACGGAGUCCUGCGUGCUUACUUGCCCCCAGGGGCUGACCCCCAGGCCUACCGGAUCACCACCCUCAACCACCCCCUCAGCCUCACCAAGGAGCAGCUGUCGGAGGCCGCCCUGAUGGCCUCUUCAGUGGAUGUGCUGGUGUCCAUCUGCGUGCUCUUUGCCAUGUCCUUCGUCCCAGCCAGCUUUGUGCUCUUCCUCAUCGAGGACCGAGUCAGCCGAGCCAAGCACUUGCAGCUCCUAGGGGGCCUGCCUCCAACCCUCUACUGGCUGGGCAAUUUUGCAUGGGACAUGUGUAACUACCUGGUGCCCGCGGGGCUUGUGGUGCUCAUCUUCCUGGGUUUCCAGCAGCAGGCAUAUGUGGCCCCCCCGAACCUGCCUGCCCUCUUACUGCUAUUGCUGCUGUAUGGCUGGUCCAUCACCCCACUCAUGUACCCAGCCUCCUUCCUGUUCUCCGUGCCCAGCACAGCCUACGUGGUCCUGACCUGUCUCAACCUCUUCAUUGGCAUCAAUGGCAGUGUGGCCACUUUUGUACUGGAGCUCUUUUCUAACCAGAAACUGAAAGAUGUGAGCUGGAUUCUGAAGAGAGUUUUCCUCAUUUUCCCGCAUUUCUGCCUAGGCCGAGGGCUCAUCGACAUGGUUCGGAACCAAGCCAUGGCUGAUGCCUUCCUGCGCCUGGGAGAUGAGCAGUUCCAGUCCCCUCUGAGCUGGGAGCUUGUUGGCAAGAACCUCUUUGCAAUGGCGCUGCAGGGGCCUGUCUUCCUUCUCCUAACCCUUCUCCUGCAGCACCGAGCCCAACUCUUACCUAGAUGGUCCCUGGGGCCUCAGCUCCUUCUGAGAGAGGAGAACCAGGAAGAAGAUGAGGACGUGAGACUGGAACGGGAACGGGUUCAGCAGGGGGCCACCCAGGGAGAUGUCCUGGUGCUGAAGGACCUGACCAAGAUAUACCCGGGCCAGAAGAAGCCAGCCGUGGACCACCUGUGCGUGGGGAUCCCCCCGGGGGAGUGUUUUGGGCUUCUGGGGGUAAAUGGGGCAGGGAAGACGUCCACGUUCCGCAUGGUGACAGGGGAUACCCCGAUGAGUGGGGGCGAGGCCAUCCUCAUGGGCUACAGCAUCCUGAGUGACCUGCAGGCGGCCCAGAGCCACAUGGGCUAUUGCCCCCAGUUUGACGCUAUCACAGAACUGUUGACUGGCCGGGAGCAUCUGGAAUUUUUCUCCCGACUCCGGGGGGUCCCUGAGGGAGAGGUUGCCCAGGUGGCCCAGUGGGGCCUGACCAAGCUAGGGCUGCUACAGUACGCAGACCAGCCCUCGGGUGGCUACAGCGGCGGGAACAAAAGGAAGCUGUCCACGGCCAUUGCCCUGGUGGGAGGACCGCCUGUCAUCUUCCUUGACGAGCCAACCACAGGAAUGGACCCCCGAGCCCGUCGCUUCCUCUGGAACAGUGUCCUGGGUGUCAUCAAGGAGGGACGCUCUGUAGUGCUUACCUCACACAGCAUGGAAGAGUGUGAGGCGCUCUGUACUCGCUUGGCCAUCAUGGUGAAUGGGCGUUUCCAGUGCCUGGGCAGUGCCCAGCAUCUUAAGAACAGGUUUGGAGAGGGCUACACGGUGUCCCUGCGGGUACCCACCUUGCACCCAGGGCCUGCCCAGGAUUUCAUGGAGGCCUCUUUCCCCGGAGCCCUGCUCAAGGAACACCAUGGCUGCCUGCUGCGCUAUCAGCUGCCCGCCGGGCACUGCCCACUGGCCCGCCUUUUCAGUGAACUGGCCAUGCACAGCCCCCACCUGGGCAUUGAAGACUUCUCUGUGACCCAGACCACACUCGACCAGGUGUUUGUCUAUUUCGCAAAGGACCAAGGGGAGGAGGACAGCCUCGGGAAGCCGGCCUCUCCCUGCACCCGGCCCAGUGCCCGAGUCCCCCACAGGGUCAGCUGCUUUCUGGAGGAUACCAGUGUGGCUGAAAGCUUGGUCUGAUCCUACAGGUGGAUAGACGCACAAGUGGACCCUCCAGCCAGGGGCCAGCCUGCUCUCCACAGGGUGGGAGGAGGGAACUUUGUGCCAUCCCUGUCCUGGGGCAGCUGCUACCACUUGUCUCCUGUCUCUUCCCCUCCCAGCCCCUAUGGGGCCCCCUUGUCCAGCCUAGCAAGAGGCUAGGCAGCGAGCAAAAGGAAAUGGCUCCGAGGACCCCCUCCCAAAGGGGACCUGCUGCUUCGGCUUCCCACUGUGUGAGCCCAAGGCCCCAGGGGACUCUCUCCACACACCCUUCCCCCAAAUAAAA